AUGCCUUCCGCCACUAUGACCUUACCGUCUGAACCGACGACAAUGUUCUUCUAUCUGGAAGUGAAAGAUGGUGGUAUCAUACAGACAUAUCCGGGUACUGCAUUUGAGAAGCGCAGAAAGCAUGUGCUUCAUGAUGUCACCAUCAACGAUAUGCGUUCCAUUCGUGAAGACUUCAAUGUCAAUAACGCUGGAUUUGAGUUGGUUGAGCACAAAACUGGGGUGAAGGACUUCGGGAGUAACGAAGAAAUUGAGAAGGUCUAUUAUCCUGAAUGCAAAGAAUUGAUCAAGAAAGUGUCUGGCGCAUCGGAGGUGCACAUCGUCUCGCACAUGUGCCGUAAGUCCACGUUCGCCGAAGCACAAGAAGAUGCCAAAGUCAAGUCGGAUACGGAUUUCGUGACGAAGAACAACCCUGCUCGAUUUGUCCACGUUGAUCAGUCAUAUCGUGGUGCAGAACAGAUCAUGUAUCUCAAUUUACCAGAAGAAGAAGUAGAGCGAAGGUUGAAAAAGCGCUGGGCCAUCAUGAAUGUAUGGCAGCCCAUCAACAAGCCAGUCAAGAAAGACCCAUUGGCUUUCUGUGACUACCGCUCCAUCGACGAGAAUGAUUUUCGCACGGUCAUUGCAAACUUGCCGCCUCCAGGAGCAGGUGAAUAUGGCAAUGUGUCAAAGAACCUGCCUCACAAAAAGAAGGUAGCAGAGUAUUCGUCCAAUGGGGAAAGAUCAGCAGUGUACGAGGUUACGAACAUGGCUCACAAUCCAAGUCAAAAGUGGUAUUAUGCAAGCGAUAUGACACCAGAGGAGGCGUGGGUAUUCAAGAUUUUCGACUCGAAAAAGGAUGGUCGUGCGAGGUGUGCUGUUCAUUCUUCGUUCCCGUUGAAGGGACAAGAUGACCACUCUGAUCCAAGGACUAGUAUUGAGCUUCGUGCUUUUGUCUUUUGGGACGAUGAAGAGACAGAAUAG